AUGGCUGACCGUGGUGGUGCACGAGGUGGUGGCUUCGGCUCCCGAGGCGACCGUGGUGGUGACCGACGUGGACGCGGCCGUGGCCGUGGCAGACGCGGAGGCAAGGACAGCGGCGAGAAGGAGUGGCAGCCCGUCACCAAGCUCGGCCGUCUCGUAAAGGCUGGCAAGAUCAAGAGCAUGGAGGAGAUCUACCUGCACUCUCUGCCCAUCAAGGAGUACCAGAUUGUCGACUUCUUCCUGCCCAAGCUCAAGGAUGAGGUCAUGAAGAUCAAGCCCGUCCAGAAGCAGACCCGUGCUGGUCAGCGCACCCGAUUCAAGGCCAUUGUCAUCAUUGGUGACUCCGACGGCCACGUCGGUCUCGGUAUCAAGACCUCCAAGGAAGUCGCUACUGCUAUCCGUGCCGCCAUCAUCAUCGCCAAGCUGAGCGUCAUCCCCGUCCGUCGUGGUUACUGGGGUACCAACCUUGGUCUUCCCCACUCCCUGCCCGUCAAGGAGAGCGGAAAGUGCGGUUCCGUCACCGUCAGACUUAUCCCUGCCCCCCGUGGUACCCAGAUUGUCGCUUCGCCCGCCGUCAAGCGUCUCCUCCAGCUUGCCGGUAUUGAGGAUGCCUACACCUCCUCUUCCGGUUCCACCAAGACCCUCGAGAACACCCUGAAGGCCACCUUCGUCGCCAUCUCGAACACCUACGGUUUCCUGACCCCCGAGCUGUGGAAGGAGACCAAGCUGAUCAGAUCCCCUCUCGAGGAGUUUGCCGACACUCUGCGCGAGGGCAAGAAGUACUAA